GUGCAGAUUGUGUGCCCGCGCUCCAACAAAUCCGUCGCAGGCAGCCCCUCCAAAACCUUUCUCCAUAAGCUUCCCUCUCCUUUGCUCCUCCAUCAGCAAUACCCCGGCUGUCUUGGUCUUCUGCGGUCCUCCAGCUUCUUGGUUUUCUCUUUCUUCAUCUCUUUUUCCUCUCCUAUAGCCGACCACAGCAACACCGCCCAUCAUGCAGGCCCCCGUCGUGGUUAUGAACACCAAUGCUGGUGAACGACAAGUCGGAAGAAAGGCGCAGCUUUCCAACAUUGCUGCCGCCAAAACUGUUGCCGACAUCAUUCGAUCAUGUCUUGGCCCCAAGGCCAUGCUUAAGAUGCUGCUCGACCCCAUGGGCGGCAUCGUCCUCACAAACGACGGCCACGCCAUCCUCCGAGAAAUCGAAGUCUCCCACCCUGCCGCCAAGAGCAUGAUUGAGCUUAGCAGAACACAGGAUGAGGAAGUUGGCGAUGGUACUACGACUGUCAUUAUUCUUGCCGGUGAAAUCUUGGCCCAGGCUCUGCCCCAGCUCGAACGAAACAUUCACCCAGUGGUCAUCAUCUCUGCCUUCAAGCGUGCUUUACAAGACGCCCUCGAUAUCAUCGAAGAAGUUUCCACCCCCAUCGACGUCAACGACGACAAGGCCAUGCACCAGCUCAUCUCUUCUUCCAUUGGCACAAAGUUUGUUUCCCGCUGGAUGGAUCUCAUGUGCGAGCUUGCCCUCAAGGCUGUCCGCACUGUCACCUGGGAAGCUGGCAAUGGCAAGACUGAGGUUGAUGUUAAGCGAUAUGCCCGUAUUGAGAAGGUUCCUGGCGGUGAAAUCGAGGACAGCCAAGUUCUUGAUGGUGUCAUGUUGAACAAGGAUAUCACACACCCUAAGAUGCGCAGACGCAUAGAAAACCCUCGUGUUGUUUUGCUUGACUGCCCUCUCGAGUACAAGAAGGGCGAGUCUCAAACCAACAUUGAGAUCAAGAAGGAAGAGGACUGGAACAGAAUCCUCCAGAUUGAGGAGGAGCAGGUUAAGGCUAUGUGCGAUGCCAUCUUGGCUGUUAAGCCUGACCUUGUCAUCACCGAAAAGGGUGUUUCUGACCUUGCCCAGCACUACUUCAUGAAGGCCAACGUUACCGCUCUCCGCCGUGUCCGCAAGACUGACAACAACAGAAUAGCUCGUGCGACUGGCGCCACCAUUAUCAACCGCGUAGAAGAUAUCCAGGAGUCUGAUGUUGGUAUAAAAUGCGGUCUAUUCGAAGUGGAGAAGAUUGGUGAUGAGUACUUCUCCUUCUUGACCAAGUGCAACGACCCCAAGGCCUGCACUGUCCUUCUCCGUGGUCCUUCCAAGGACGUUCUUAACGAGAUUGAGCGCAACCUGCACGACGCCAUGGGUGUUGCCCGCAACGUCAUGUUCCACCCCCGCCUAUCCCCCGGCGGUGGUGCUACUGAGAUGGCUGUCUCUGUCCGUCUCGCUCAGCGGGCGAAGAGCAUCGAGGGUGUUCAGCAGUGGCCCUACAAGGCCGUUGCCGAUGCCCUGGAAGUUAUUCCCCGUACUCUUAUUCAGAACGCUGGCAAGAGCCCCGUCCGUGUUUUGACCGACCUCCGCGCCAAGCAGGCUGAGGGUAAGAGCUCUUGGGGUGUCAAUGGUGAUGCCGGUACUAUUGUCGACAUGAAGGAGUACGGUGUCUGGGAGCCUCAGGCCAUCAAGCUCCAGAGCAUCAAGACUGCUAUUGAGGCUGCUUGCUUGCUUCUCCGCGUCGACGAUAUCUGCAGCGCCAAGAAGGCCCAACACUUUGGCGGCGGCGGUGGCGACGAGUAAUGUUAAUUCUCAAACCCAAAAAUAACGAAGAAAAAUAAACCAAACGAACGUACAAAGAAGAGAGCCACUCUCACUUGUUUUCGACAUAUACUUGUUACAGGGAUCUGGUGUUUGGACUUUAUGUUGAUGUACGAGCAUGGGAUAAUACAAUGGACCAUCAUACACAAGGCAGCAGGAUCUGAAGAUAGCGUUUCGACAGCGUUGUCCGGCAGAGCCGGUUGACGGACUGAGAGACGAGGAAUAUAAAAAAAAGUUGAAAUGUAUAAACUGUUUAAUGAAUCUGUAUGUGUAUAUGCCAGUGCCUCUUUUGAUUUCCGUGGGGUAUCGUUAUAUGUACAAUGUAGACGUGAUGAUGUGGAAGUGGACAUGAGCCCAUAUCAAUCAUCCUCGUCAUGGAAUAUGAUACCCUGCGGCGCCGCAGACGUCUCGCUUGCUACGGAAGUCUGACCAUUUGAUACUUCUGGUGUCUUUAUAUCCUUCUUACUGUCAUUGACAUUAUUAUCGUCGUCGUCGGCCUUGUUGUCUUGACGAGGCUGGACCUUGGAUGCUAUCGCGCCGUCCGGCUUCUGGGAGGGACCAUUGUUUGCGCCGCCUUUGCCCUUGUUGGCCUUGCGAGCCUUCAUCUUCUCUCUCUUUUCGCGAUUCUUCCUCGUCUUCUCCUCGUCCUUGCGAUCGCGCUCAGACUUGACUUUUUCGAACUGCGCCUGGUCCUUCUCGCGCUUCACCUCUUCGUCCAUCUCCUUGAGCCGCUCGUAUUCCCUUCGGCGCGCUGCCUUGUAGACGUGGAAUUCACCGGAUCCCGCACCGGCACUAGAGCCCUGAACAUUGCUUACAAUCUCAGGGGGUGCUAGGCGCCGUGAUACGGCAGAGCCAGCGCUGGGGAUGUGGAUUUCGCGGUCGGGAUGCGCGAAGAGGGCGUCGACCGAGGCUGCCUGGGCAGAGACGGGGGUGAGGGCGCGCUUCUUGGUCGGGCGGUGGGAUCGCGAGUCUGCCGACGUUGGGAUGGAUUCGGGGCCUUCGCCAGACAUGGUGACGAGGCGAGUGAUGGCGGAUUGGGUUCGUUCUGUGUGCGUUGAUGUACUGUGGUGGAUGACAGUUGUUGUGCUUGUGUAGCAACCAUAAAAAAAUACGCAGUAGCACCACCCCCUCCAACGGACGCACAGAGACCAGCC